CCUUUUCUUCAACCUGUGGAAGAUUUGUGAAACUCACACCGAUAUUUUCAGAUGGGUUCACACUCACACCUCUAAAGUUGAGUUCACUACAAAUGGUUUUCCUUUGUCUGCUACCUAUCUUAAGUGUGACCACAGCGAGCCAACUCUUGCAGUAGAUUUCACAAUGGUUUUACAUCUGACGUCCUUCCUGAYGCCACCUGGGCUCAAACCCACAGCCCCACAUCUGUAAUUGGAAAAAAAACGGUGGUUUAAAAUGUUAACCAUGACAUUAUUAAAUCCAGUAUGCAGUAUUUUKUCACGGGUUUCUGUAAUCUCAGAGACAAAGCACAGCCUCUGUGUGGAGUGGGCUMUCAUGUAGUGCGCCCCAGAAGCUUAAGAGUUUCUCUGUAGCCAGAGAGCUAACAGGAAGUGCAGCUCGGGCAAUUCACCACUCGUCUCAUCAAUGCAGCUUUCAUUCUCCCUCUGUGAGGCAAAAUGGAAGCUGUACAAAAGGACUCCUGGUACUUCGUGGUACUCGUCUUUCUGCAUUUUCUUAAAGUUGCUGUCCAGCAGAAAGAAGUCGAUGUGGUUCGGUUGGAGGAGGGGAUGGUCCUCAGCUGCUUGUGUCCCUGGGACGGUAAACUGACCAUGGUGUCCUGGACCAAAGUGCCGGACUCUACCCCUGUGGCUGUUUUCCAUCCAGACCUUGGAGAGUCUUUCUCUCACCACUACAGAGACAGACUGGAGUUCCUGAGGCAGUCGUCAAUGGAUGGAAGCAUCUCCAUGAAGAACGUGACUCAUCAGGAUAUUGGGGAGUACCACUGCUCCAUCCAGACCUUCCCUCGUGGACCCUGGACCAGAAACAUUCAGGUGGAGGAUUUAGACGAGCCACCAGAGGAYGAGAACAUCACCGAGUCUGCUCCCACAGAGGUGACUGUAGCAGACACAGAGCUGGUAGCAGAGCGGAGCAACAACAUGACCAUCAGAUGUAACCAUCGGCACAACGGCACGGUCUACCAGGUCAUAUUUGAGAAGAUGCUGCUCGGCCAUCYCUGGACCAUUAUUGGAGUGUGCAAGACGGUGGAGGGGGGCCUGGUGGGCGAGGACUACAGCGACAGAGGCAGAGUCGACUGCGCRGACAGCCUGGAUGUCAGUUUGCACCUGACCGAUGUCGCGUCAGAAGACAGCGGCUUUUACCGUUGCACGUUUAAUACGGACGUGGGUGUGCAGACCACCACCGUCCAGCUCACAGUUUCUGCUUCAGCAGGUGGAUUCAGCCUGUCGUUAUACAUGAUGUACAUUUACAUCGGGGCUGGAGCUGCUGGACUUGUUCUGCUCACUGCCAUCCUCAUCCUCGCCAUGAGGCACAGAAAGAAAAUCAAGAGAAAGGAGUAUCGAGUCAAGCUGCACCCGUCUCAGAGACAGCCCAACCUGUAUGAGAACGUCCCCGUGUACCCCCAGAUUGCCAAGAACUGCAGGCAGUCCAAAUCCUGCCCGAUCUAUGCCAACCUGCAGGCUGGACGUGCCCUCCAAACCGCACGCUGCGAUAAAAGAACGUGCGUGCUGUGAGCCGUGUGUGUCUGCGCCCCCGCUCGUUCGUCAGCGUCCUACAUCCGAGCAAGGGAUAAACAAAUAUUGGCAGAAUAUAAUUAUCCRUUUCAGAUUUUAUUUUAUUUUAUUUAUUUUUUGAAUCGGAUGCAGGGAUGGCGCCGACGCUGUUUAAACAUCCCCACGUUGGGUUUGAAAUGAGUUCACAAGCUGGCGCUCAUCGCGGAGUCAAAAAGCUGACAGGCUUGUUUGAGAGCGGCCUUCCCCCUCUAAUGAAAUGUAGCGUGUAAUUAUUUUGGAGGGGAUGUUUGUGUUUGUCAAAACAAUAUUUGACAGUAACUAUCACACAGAAGAGAAAAAGACAAAAAGCCCGUAUAAUCAUUCUUUUCACUCCUCUAACCCUCCGAGUAAAACGAUUGACAAAAGCCUGCGUAAUUGCCCUCUUUUCACUUUCAUCCCUCCUGGUUUCUAUUCAAAGCAUGACAAUAGUGUCUAAUCAUCUAACGGAAAAGAAAAGCAGUCACUUAGCGAUGUACCAUCACUUGAGACGGCUGUUUUUUUUUUCUUCCCCCAGCAGGCUUUUCGACUAGCAGAGCUGCUUUCUAGUUACGGCACGCUCUUCGUAUGAAAGCUAAACUCUAAUUAGCAGAUCCCGAGCUGAAGUUUUACGGCUCCUUUUACUCGUCUUUGUCAGUUUUUUUUUUUUUGACAAAUGUUUUUUUUUCCCCCUCUGUCUUGAAAAUAUGUAAAAGAAAGUCAUUUCCUAGAUGAACUGUCAAGCGUUUUCUCGUUUUGUAUUUAUUGUUUUUGCUUGCUUUUUGUAAAUCAAUAUUUAAGCUUUAUGGCACUGUUGUGUAAAUAAACUGUGUGCUGUUUGUGAAAUUUCAUUCAUUUGUCUCCGUAGAAAUGGAGGCAGUGGCUGAGGCAGUUAUGGAUAAGCGGACUAUUCCGCUAGGAAACGGGACAAAUGUGGACGAGGUAGAAAUGUGGAACAUAAAAGGGACUUUAAAGUUUGGAAUGGAAGUUGUCGCCUUAAUUCCCUCCUUAUUUUUUUGAAACCGUAGAAACCGUAUGUUUGUGAUGCCUGGGAUUGUUUGUGUGCACUGAAACAGAUAUUUGUGACUGAGGAAUAAAAAAAAAGGUUGUAAAAAUAAAACUGUUGUGGCCUAAAGAUCAA